UAUUGUUUUUGAAGUAAAAAUUAGGAGCUCAAGACAUUUGGUGAUCAAAUCUUUGUCAGAGAAUUUUUCGGGUUCUUUUGAUCAAAAUUCAGAUCAGAAUUAUGUUACUGGACCUAAUAAGGAGAAUAAUUUUGUUAAUAUAUUGAAGCAAUCAAAUACCCUUUUGCCCCAUGUAGUCAUUGCUAGCACAGUGUUGGCUCUUGUCUUUCCACCUUCUUUCAUGUGGUUUACAAGCAGGUACUAUGCUCCAGCAUUAGGGUUUCUGAUGUUUGCAGUUGGGGUUAAUUCCAGCGAAAAGGAAUUUCUUGAAGCCUUCAAGAGACCAGCAGCUAUUUUUGCAGGUUAUGUUGGCCAGUUUGUGGUGAAGCCUAUUCUAGGAUAUAUUUUUGGCAUAAUUUCAGUAACAGUUUUUGGACUUCCUACUUCCAUAGGUGCGGGGAUUAUGUUGGUUUCUUGUGUUAGUGGUGCUCAGCUCUCCAAUUAUGCUACUUUUCUGACAGACCCUCCUCUUGCCCCUCUAAGCAUUGUUAUGACAUCAUUGUCUACUGCUACUGCGGUUGUUGUUACACCACUCUUAUCACUCUUGCUUAUUGGGAAGAGAUUGCCUGUUGAUGUUAAAGGAAUGGUUUCCAGCAUUUUGCAGAUUGUAGUUGCACCCAUUGUUGGAGGUUUGCUUUUGAAUCGGUUCUUUCCCCGCUUUUCUAAUGCUAUCCGUCCAUUCUUGCCUCCACUGUCAGUGCUUGUGACAGCUUGCUGUGUUGGAGCACCACUUGCCAUUAACAUGGAGUCCGUUAUGUCCCCUUUUGGUGUAACUAUUUUGUCGCUCAUAAUUGCAUUCCACUUGUCAGCAUUUGUGGCAGGAUAUAUUCUUACUGGCUUUACCUUCCGUAAGGCACAUGAUGUGAAAGCGCUGCAAAGAACACUAUCGUUUGAGACAGGAAUGCAGAGCAGUCUCCUAGCUCUUGCACUUGCUAAUAGGUUCUUCCAAGAUCCACUUGUGAGUGUGCCGCCAGCAAUCUCUACUGUAAUCAUGUCGUUGAUGGGGUUCUCUCUUGUCAUGCUUUGGGCUAAGAAAAAAGAAUAGCAAGCAAUUCAGAGGUCUGCAAGUGUUGAUGUAUCGAAAAUUUGUACUCCAUUACACUUUGGAGCAUAGGCUGUCUGGUGCCGCAGCUAUUGAAAGGCUCUUAAAGAUGAAGUCAUUGGAGGCGCUCUUUGAUCAUUGAAAGAAUUGAACACGUUCAUCAUACAUCACUUUAGAUCCUGAUCAUAAGUUAACAAUUUAUUUUAUUUUAGAAAAGACAAAAUGUGUUGGGAGAGAGUCAGGAGUAAACAAUUCUGUGACUUCUCAUGUAUAAGUGAGCUGAAGGAAGAUGCAUUUAUUUGGGUUGAUAUUGCAUGUGAUUGUCAUAAAGUUUAUAUUUAAUCUGAUGAUUGAAAUUA